UCAACCACCCAAACCGGAAGUGAGCUUCAGGCAGGAAGGACGGGGACAACGUGAAUGUCAACUAACGUUGUACGCACCGAAAUGUUACAGGCAAAAUGAAGAAAAUCCUCUUCAGCAUUUUUAGUAAUUGUAACUACAUAAUAUAUAAUCUAGCGUCUGUAACUAAACUAUUUAUUUGUUAAACGUUGCAGUUUAGAGGCGUGUAGUAACAAUGUUGCGAGCUAACGUGUUGUGGUUGACUGAAGCAUGUCGACAUUACUGCCAGAAGACACCCAGAAAGCUCCGAAUAUGCGAAGCAAUCUCAAGUUUAGAAGUGGGAACAAAAAUCAAAGUGCAGGGCUGGGUUCGCUCUGUGAGACCCCAGAAGGAGAAUCUGUUCCUCCAUGUGAAUGACGGGAGCUCCCUUCAGUCUCUACAAGUAGUGGCCAGCUCAGAGCUCAACCACAGACUGCUGACGUUCGGGAGUGCCGUGGAGAUCUCGGGAAGCCUGCUCAAGAGUCCCAGCCGUAAGCAGGAGGUGGAACUACAUGCUGAUCAGAUCGAUGUGGUUGGAGAUUGUAACCCUGUGGACUUUCCCUUUAAGAUCAAGGAGAAGCAUGGCCUGGAAUACAUCCGUCAGUUUCCUCACCUGAGGUGUCGAACCAACGCCUUCAGUUCCCUGCUGAGAAUACGAAGCGAAGCCACCACAGCUAUACAUGAAUAUUUCAAGGAGAAGGGCUUUAUUCAGAUCCACACCCCAGUCCUCACCUCUAAUGACUGUGAAGGGGCAGGGGAGCUCUUCCAGGUGGAGCCUGCAGGUCAGCAGAAGAACCGGGACGAGGAGGGGCACCAACACUUCUUCUCCGUCCCAGCGUACCUGACUGUCUCUGGGCAGCUGCACCUGGAGGUCAUGGCUGGGGCGUUUCCUGGAGUGUACACUUUCGGACCAACGUUCCGAGCAGAGCACUCCCAGAGCAGACGUCACCUGGCUGAGUUCUACAUGGUGGAGGCAGAGGUCCCCUUCACACAGUCACUGGAGGAUCUUAUGAAGGUGAUGGAAGACUUGUUCAGGUCUACAACAGGACAUCUCCUCGCUCAGUGUCCUGAAGAUGUGGCUUUAUGUCACAAACAGGUGUCACCUGGACACAGGGACAAUGUGGAUCUAAUGAUGAAGAAGAGUUUUAAUGUGAUAACCUACACAGAAGCCAUAAACAUCCUAAACAGCAGCUCCAAGACAUUUGCUUUCAAAACAGAUUGGGGCUGUGACCUGCAGACAGAGCAUGAGAAGUACCUGGUGAAACAUUGUGGCGAUCUUCCUCUCUUCGUCACUGAUUACCCCUAUGCCCUGAAGCCCUUCUAUGCACGAGACAACCUGGACCAACCUCUACACACGGCAGCAGCAGUAGACCUAUUGGUACCGGGAGUAGGAGAGAUGUGUGGAGGCUCUCUGAGAGAGGAGAGACUGGACCUGCUGAAGGCACGACUACGACAGGCUGGUUUGGAUGAGACAUACGGAUGGUAUUUGGAUCUGAGGCGGUUUGGCUCUGUCCCUCACGGUGGGUUUGGGAUGGGCUUUGAGCGCUACCUGCAGUGUGUUUUGGGGGUUGACAACAUCAAAGACGUUAUUCCAUUCCCCAGAUACUCCCGCUCCUGCCUUCUGUAAACCAUACACUGAGUAUACCAAACAUUAAGAACAGCUUCCUAAUAUUGAGUUGCAUCCUUUUUUGCCCUCACAACAGCC